UCCCAGACUUCGAAUGUUUGCCUAAUCGUCGGUCCUCGGACAUCAACAACUUUUUGAUUAAUUAAUUGUUGCGAAGUGCAUUAAAAAGCAAAUGUGUUUACCACGUCGUGAGGAGGAAUUUUUUAAAUCUACGGGAAUUCUGUGACAUCUUUUCUCGGAGGCACCAUUUUCCACCGAGUUUUUACAACUUUUGUCAUUCAAAAUGGACCUGAAACUCUGAGGAUACCACAGAUUUACCCAAACGUCUGCAACAAUCCUGAUUUCUUCUAUUGUUGCGAGAAUUCACUGGAUUUUCUGGAUUAACAUUCGAAAUGGAUAAAACUGCUAUUGAAAAAUUCAUUGAAAUUACAGGAGAAGGCGAGGCGAGUGCCAUCCAAUAUCUGACUCUAGCAGAGGGUAACGUUGAGAAUGCAAUAACCCUAUUAUUCGAGAGUGGAGGUGUUCCCUUGGAUGCUGCACCUCCCCCAGAAGAGCCCGAGGUUCGACCACCAAUUUUGCCAACGAGAGAGGUUUUGGUUCCCAGUGAGCCAGUCUGUUCGUUCCCCAGAGCCUCAUCCAACGUUUUCGAUAGAUUCCGAGAUUUUUCUGUUGAGAUUCGCAGACAGGAGGAGGAGAUGACGAGAAAAGUAAUCGGGAGUAAUCGAGCUGUUCACAGUAAAACCAAGAGACUCGAGGAUUUAUUCAGACCACCAUAUGAGAUACUCUUCAUGGGGUCUUUCGUCGAGGCAAGAGAACAGGCGAAGACGAUGAAUCGGUGGUUGUUGGUCAACGUACAAAAUCCACAGGAAUUCUCAUGUCAGAUAUUGAACAGGGAUGUCUGGCCAGACAAUCAGAUUAAAGAGAUUGUCAAAGAUCAUUUCAUUCUGUGGCAGGUACUCUCCAAUUCAUCGGACGGCAAACGUUACAUAGAUUUCUACAACGUAACAGAGUAUCCGUACCUGGCGAUAGUCGAUCCGAGAACUGGUGAAUGCGUGAAAUCCUACACGAGUAUCACUGUCGAUGGCCUCCUCACCAGUCUCAACGACAUGUUAAGCACCUACCCAUCCCCAGAAUGCAGCACGAGUUCGCCAAAAGUUGAAGAGUCCCAUUGUGAGCCUUCUUCAUCAAUUAAACGCAGUUCACGAGCCGAUUCGAUGACUAAAGACUCUGGAAGGAGAAUCAAAAAAUCGAAAAAUGCUGACAUCCCAACCUCCAGUGCAGCCUCAAGCAGUAGAACAGGCUUACCGAGCUCAAGCACUGCAAUUCGUGGUAAAAGAUCUAGGAUAGAAAUCGCUGAGGAAAUACCCGAGAUGAGUCAAACUGAUGAAGCUGCUGUUGUGAUAGAGGAGAGCUCGACGAAUAAGAAUCUCCCAGAAUCUUCGACGAAAGCAGCGGAAGUUCCUGUAGAAAAUGGAGAGCCUUCCCUCAGAUUGUGUCUUCGACUGCCUUCUGGAGGCAGGGAGGCAGUGUCCAUGUGCGCCAACGACACAAUAGAGGGCUUUAUAAAGCGAAUGGAAUCGAUGGGCUACUCCUCGUCAGACCACACCUACCUAAUUCCAUUCCCCAAGACAAACUUGGGUGCACUGCCAUCGCAGACUCGAUUGUCUGACACUAUCCUCUACCCCUCCAACACAGUAUUCAUCACUAAGGUUUAGAGAUAUUACAUUUUUUGAUGGAGAAGGAUUUUUACAGCAGAGAUCGUCAAGUAAUUUUUGUAUUGGAAUUAAGAACUGAGACACUGCCAUUUACGAUGGAAUUUUUUGCUCACAAUGCAGACCCGUCCUGCUGGAUAGAUCGCAAAAAAUUGGUGGAUUAUCCGAGUCACUUCCAUACUGCCACCUUCAAUUAUUACUCUUACCAUUUUUUUUGUGGAUAAUUGUACUUCACAUGCAGUUAACUGUCACGAUUUAUAUUUCAUUUAACCGUGGAGUGAUAAAAUUGCAUGAAAAUAUUUCAGGAUGAUUUUAUCAUAAACCGUGCUCCUGUGAAUUCCUCAUCUGUUUUCAUCACUCCGGUACUAAGUUCAGUAGCAAAGCAGGAAAAACAAAUCGGUCUUCCUUCGUUACUCCUUCAUGAAAAAUAGUUUAUUCAACUCGAACGUAUUUCUAACACGAAAAAUCAUUUUUCAAAAAAGUAUAUUUCAUACAUGAUCAUUUAUACGAACAUUCCCUGUUCUUUUUCUGUCAAUUCGAUGAAGAUGUUCAAAUAAAAAAAAUUCUGAAAACUAACAAUCGAAUUGAAUUUCUCCGAACUCGUAGAAAUACUUAUAAUUUAUUUGGUAUAAUGAGUAAUUAUAAUAUACAAGUAACAUCUCAUAAUGAAGAAACAAUAAUUCAGUAAAAUGUGUACGACACAUUAAUCAACCAUUAAAUUCAUACUAUAUACAAUCUGACAAUAAAUUCAACAGUAAUUGGAGAACGAAAAAAUAUGAACGUAUUCACAAAGAAUAUUGCGAUAGGCUAGAUAAAUAUUUGCUUAUGAAUUUAAAUAAAUUGGGUCGGAUUAGUAUUACGGUUAUCACAAUCUGUGAAUCGAUGAAGCAUUAUUUGGAG